UAUAAAUAAAUAAUGGUGAGUGGUUUAAAUUCAGUCACUUUAUUUUUAUUUAAAAUACAUAGUUCAAAGUUCAAAACUAGUGUUCAUCAUGACGUUGCUUUGAAAUUGAAUAGGAAUUAUUUCGUAAUAUUUUUGGUAGCUAAAAGCUGACAAAUUUUCAGGUUCUGAUGACUCACGAAAGUUUUAAAAAAAUUAAACAUAUCUUCAAUUAUGAUGACUACUUGGAAAUUAUCACGGAUGAGAAUAAUUCAACAGUAAAAUUGAACUAUUUUUGGCUCAGAGAAAAUUGCAGGUGUGAAAAAUGUUUCAACAAUACAACAAACCAAAGACAUUUGACUAUCAUAGAUCUCCCGGAUGAGGUGAAACCUGAGAGCUGCUCUUUCAACAAUGGGAAUCUCAGAAUUGCUUGGAAUGACAAGCAUGACUCUGUAUACUCAUUGGAUUGGAUAAUAAAAUAUUCUCAGCCAGAAAUACUUCCAGAUCCCAUUCUAUGGUCUGGCAAGCUGAGUGAAGCCACCACAAUAGCCUGCAAUGAUUUGAAUUCAGAAACUAAGGUGGCCGACCUCAUACGAUCGUUGAUAGUAUAUGGCGUUGGAUUUGUUAAUGGUUUGGAACCAACCAUUGAGGCCACUGAAAAAGUAGUGACGAGCAUGUUUCCGGUUCAGAGGACUUUCUUUGGAGAUAUGUGGACAGUAGAAAAGUAUUUGACAUUUCUAGACACAGCUUAUACUAAUGAGUUCAUUGGAGCCCACACCGAUAACACCUACUUCAAUGAUGCUGCUGGACUUCAGAUUUUCCAUGUAAUGAAAUUCGAUGGAGAAGGUGGCAAGACCUUACUGGUGGACGGCUUUCGCGCUGUGGCUGAUGUUGAGAAAGUCAAUCCAGAUUACGUACAAUGCCUGAGAAAUGUCAAAGUGGAAAGUUAUUACUCUGACGAUACAAGAUUCAUUACAAAUGUUGACUCCAUAUUGAAGUAUUCUCCAAACAAUAGGCUGAACCAAAUAAGGUACAAUCUGUACGACAGGAGCCCUCGAAUGGUGGCCUUGCCAGCCGAACAGCAAGGCCUGUUCUACAGUGCACUGCGCUGCCUGGCUGGAUGCAUUGGCCGAGGAGAGGGAGAGUGGUGGCUGAGACUGCAACCGGGCACGGCCGUCUUCAUCAACAAUUGGCGGGUCAUGCACGGGCGGGCAAGCUAUCAAGGCAGCCGUGUCCUCGGCGGCUGCUAUGUGUCCAUGGCUGACUUCCUCAGCAAAGCCCGCAUGCUCAAAGUUAUUGUUUGAAUAAAAAGUUGCAAUCA